CGGCGAGGUGAACUCCGCCGGGGAACCGACUCAACCCGAUGGAGGGGGGGGAAUGUUGACGGUGUAACACCGCACUUCAGAAGAAGAAGAAGACGCCGCCGCUCGAAGUCUCUUCACAGCAAAGAAAACCGUUGGUGCUGAAUUCUCUCCCCGCCGAUCAUUCCUCAUAACUCACGCGUCAUAAAUGAGUCACGGGGGAGCUCGCGAUGACGACAGCUGCGGGAAGCGGAGGGUCGCGUACGUCUACAGCCCGGAGUACGUCGAGUGUUGCGACAGUCUGUCCAAAGUGCCGAACCGGGCGAGUAUGGUCCACUCACUGAUAGAAGCCUACGGACUCCUGCGGCACGUCAGCACCAUCAAACCUCAAGUGGCCACCAUAGAGGACAUGGCCAAGUUCCACACAGACUCCUACCUGGAGCAUCUUCACAAGAUCAGCCAGGACGGAGACAACGAUGACCCCCAGUCGGUCGACUACGGCCUGGGUUACGACUGUCCGGUGUCGGAGGGGAUAUACGACUACGCGGCGGCAGUAGGGGGCGCCACGCUCACGGCAGCCCAGUGUCUGCUGGACCAAAAGUGUGAGGUGGCCAUCAACUGGGCGGGGGGGUGGCACCAUGCCAAGAAGGACGAGGCGUCGGGUUUCUGCUACGUGAACGACGCCGUGUUGGGAAUCCUCAAGCUGAGGGAGAAGUACGAGAGGGUCCUCUACGUGGACGUCGACCUGCAUCACGGAGACGGUGUGGAAGAUGCCUUCAGCUUCACCUCCAAAGUCAUGACCGUCUCCCUGCACAAGUUCUCCCCUGGAUUCUUCCCAGGUACGGGGGACGUGUGUGACACGGGCCUGGGUAAAGGCCGCUGGUACGCCGUGAACGUCCCGCUGGAGGACGGCAUCAAGGAUGACCGAUACUACCAGAUAUUCACACGCGUGAUGCAGGAAGUGCGAGCGCAGUUCAACCCGGAGGCGCUGGUGAUGCAGCUGGGCGCCGACACCAUGGCGGGGGACCCCAUGUGCUCCUUUAACAUGACCCCGGUGGGGGUGGGCCAGUGUCUGCAGCACGUGCUGGAGUGGCAGCUACCUACACUGCUGCUGGGAGGAGGAGGUUACAACCUGGCGAACACGGCUCGCUGUUGGACCUACCUGACGGCGGCGGUGCUCGGGAAGACCCUCUCCUCCGAGAUACCGGACCACGAGUUCUUCACAGAGUACGGACCUGACUACUCGCUGGAGAUCAGCCCGAGCUGCCGGCCGGACCGCAACGACACCAAACACCUGGACCAGGUCCUCAGCACGAUCAAAGGUUUAAACCAUCGCAGGAAUCCGCCCGACGGUUUCAGCUAUGGACAAAGUCCAGGAAACGCGAGCGGCGUUCUAGGUGUUGGUGCUGCAGACGGCUCGUAGCUGAAGCCGCCUGCACGCAGACACACACACGCGCACACACACACACACACACAUGGUGUCGUCUCCAUGAAACCUGCUGUGACAGGACUCCUCUCACGGCUCCACAAUGGGCAACAAACAGGACAUCCUCACUGCGUCAGGGCAAUUACUCAUCCUCUGCGUGUGUGUGUGUGUGUGUGUGUGUGUGUGUGUGUGUGUGUGUGUGUGUGUGUGUGUGCGUGUGUGCAACGUGUUUAUUUUUCUUAAUCUGGUCAUUUAACGUAACAAAAGAGGAACAAAGCAGCAUUGUUUGCACUUCAGCGCGUGAAGCAAACUGGCAACUACACAUUGUAAUGCAGCUAUUGUGUGUCACACACACACACACACACAUACAUGUGCGUCCUGAUGCAAAUGAACUUGCAGGGCUGCUUAACGCUGUGAUUUCCAUAUUGAUUCCCCUUUUGCAUGCGCGUGUCGUGUUUCCUCGGCCAGAUGUUGUUUUUGUGUGUGUGUGUGUGUGUGUGUGUAAUACAAUUAAUGUGUGUAUUGUCGUGCAUCCAACCUAACGUGAUGAAUUCGACCCUUUGGUCCUCCCUGUAUCUGGACGUGUGUGUGUGUUCAUGUAUCCCCCCCGACCGUCUCAUUUCUCUCUUUCUCU